UCAUGUGUUCACUUCCGGGUCCGGUGCCGCUCCGGAUGCUCGAGGCCGAAGGAUGUUUGACCUCCGGAUAAGCGAGGCGCCGCCGUGCAUUCAUUCCCGGUUGCAUCGGUGGCCACAGCCGCGGCCCGGACGGCGACUCGGCGCUCAGCGGCGGCGGUAGGUGGCGCCGGCGGCGGCGCGCCGAGCCGGGAGACGCGGGCCCGUCCUCCUCAAGCUCGCGCCUUCCUCUCCCCGGCCUCGUUCAUCUCCUGCGGCCGCCGGCGGCGGGGAUGUGCCGGCGCUGACGGGCGGACGCGCGCGCCGGGCCGAACCCGCUGCUCGCGGCUGCGCCUCUGAGACAACUGCAGUUGGAGUAAUGCCAGACACCAAUAACUGGGACACCGGCUGCUAAUAUCAGCUCUCUAUCAAACCAGCUUCGAUCCCUGAGAAGAUAAUUUUGAAGACAUACUUUGCUGAGAAGACAGCUGCGAACAGUUGUCCGAAUGGGAUGAACACGCCUCAGCUGACUGACUAUCAGCUGGAGUUUGAACGCUAACGCUGCUCAUCGGGUACUCUUACCUAGUGAUGCGCCUACUCUUACAGUGCCCAUUUCAUUGUGCUUGUCUUGAUUAAAGAAUUCAAAGUGGAGUACCGCAAACUUGAUAUGGAUAAUAAAAAGAAAGACAAGGACAAAUCAGAUGAUAGAAUGGCACGACCCAGUGGUCGAUCAGGACACAGCACUCGAGGAACUGGCUCUUCUUCCUCUGGAGUUUUAAUGGUUGGACCUAACUUUAGAGUUGGGAAAAAAAUUGGAUGUGGCAAUUUUGGAGAAUUACGAUUAGGGAAAAAUUUAUACACAAAUGAAUAUGUGGCGAUUAAACUGGAGCCCAUGAAAUCCAGAGCACCACAGCUGCAUUUGGAAUACAGAUUCUACAAGCAGUUAGGAUCUGGAGAUGGUAUACCUCAAGUUUACUAUUUUGGCCCUUGUGGUAAAUACAACGCUAUGGUGCUGGAACUGCUGGGACCUAGUUUGGAAGAUUUGUUUGACCUAUGUGAUAGAACGUUUUCUCUUAAAACGGUUCUUAUGAUAGCUAUACAACUGAUUUCUCGCAUGGAGUAUGUCCACUCAAAGAACUUGAUAUACAGAGAUGUGAAACCCGAGAACUUUCUAAUAGGACGACCAGGAAACAAAACCCAACAAGUCAUUCAUAUUAUAGAUUUUGGGUUGGCAAAGGAAUAUAUUGAUCCAGAGACAAAGAAGCAUAUACCAUACAGAGAACACAAAAGCCUUACUGGAACAGCUAGAUACAUGAGCAUAAACACACAUCUAGGCAAAGAGCAGAGUAGAAGAGAUGACUUAGAAGCUUUAGGGCAUAUGUUCAUGUACUUCCUCAGAGGCAGUCUUCCUUGGCAAGGCUUAAAGGCUGACACAUUAAAAGAGAGGUAUCAGAAAAUUGGCGACACGAAACGAGCCACACCAAUAGAAGUGUUGUGUGAAAAUUUCCCAGAAGAAAUGGCAACAUAUCUUCGUUAUGUUCGAAGGCUAGAUUUUUUUGAAAAGCCAGACUAUGAUUACCUAAGAAAACUUUUUACCGACCUGUUUGAUCGCAAAGGAUAUAUGUUUGAUUAUGAAUACGACUGGAUUGGUAAACAGUUGCCUACUCCAGUGGGUGCUGUUCAGCAAGACCCUGCCCUGUCAUCGAAUAGAGAAGCACACCAACACAGAGAUAAGAUGCAGCAGUCUAAAAACCAGUCGGCAGACCACAGGGCAGCUUGGGACUCUCAGCAGGCAAAUCCCCAUCAUUUGAGAGCUCACCUUGCAGCAGACAGACAUGGUGGCUCGGUACAGGUUGUAAGUUCUACAAAUGGAGAGUUAAACACAGAUGAUCCCACAGCAGGACGAUCAAAUGCGCCCAUCACAGCCCCUACAGAAGUAGAAGUGAUGGAUGAAACUAACUGCCAGAAAGUAUUGAAUAUGUGGUGCUGUUGUUUUUUCAAACGAAGGAAAAGGAAAACCAUACAACGUCACAAAUGACUGGACACAGAGAUCCUGGGGAGUUACUUACAUGUUCAUAUGCUGUCUCGUGAUUAAAUCAUCUCUGUAGUGACCACAUAUAUUUUCAAGGACUCACUCUUGAAACAGAAAUGUCAUACUUUCACAUUUCAUUUUGUGGUUGUCUUACAUUCAUUUCUCCUCCUAAUUUAACUUUAUGGAAGCUUUAAGAUUUUAUCAGAUAUGAGAGCUUUGCCCAUCAUUGAAUGGAGUGGACCAAUGACGUGGUAUUGAUGAACACAGUUCCAGAGGACAUUUUUCAGAACCUCUUCUGUUACAGAAAACAAUACAGGUGUCUAAGUGUCAAUUAAUUGCACCUAAUUUGAUUUUUUAUGUCUUAUAUGAAAGCAUAAUCAAACAGGAAUUUUUUUCCCAAUGGAUAGUGCAGCAGACAAAACAGUUGCCCAAAUAUUAAAAACAGCUUUCAUGAAAAGUUCCUAUUUUGUGACAUCUGCAUUGAUUUCAGUAUGACUUAUGGUACUGUUAUUCAUGACUCAUAUUGACAUUCUCUCUGUGAAAUCAAGGUACAGUCACUGCCCAGAGGUACUGAGGGAAAGCACUAUGGGACUGUCAAGCGGUGGUGGUAAAUACAUCAGAAGAAAUGGGGAAAAGCGCUCAGCUUCUGUUGUGCCAUUGUGUACAGUACAGCUGCAGAAGUGGCAGGAGCACCGAUUUGUAUAAUGUCAUUCUAUGCUUCCAAGUGAUAAUGUAUGUUAGAUAGAAAAAAAAUGAAUGCUGGAGAAGUAAUGUAUGUUGGAGUUGGAAAAAUACACUAAGGAAAGGAAAUAAAUGUGAAAUUUACUGCAGUGUGUAAGGCUGGAGCCCCUUGAAGCCUGCUGUUUGAUGGCCGCAUCUCCCAGAAGCAGAAGUCUGAGGAUGUGCCAUACAGUGGUGGCUGUUUGCCAUGUAGUUCUUCAAUUAAAGGAAAGAAACAUACUCCCAGCAGAAACCACUGGGUCACUCUGCUGCCCUCUGUGCACAGUAGUCUCUUGUAUUCAGCUUUGCUAGUUCUCUGGACUCUCCUGUCUUGAGCAUCGUGUUGAUGAUGGGAGAUUGUUUGGCGAGGGUGGGCCAGGUGCUUUGCCUCCAUAGCUUUCACAGUGCUGCAGACGAACAAGGAACAGUUCUGUUAGUAGUAAGACCUUCCUUUGCAAGUGUGCUUUGUUUGAAGCCAUAGAACACAGGCAUGCUUCUGUUUCUCAAGAGUGAAAACAAAAGACUGACUAGGAAGAUACUGUUGAUCACAUCACACAUCCUCUUUCAUUUAUGACAUUGUUGCUCUGUCCAUGAAGUCUCUUCUCUGUUGUAAGUGUGAACCUUCAGGUAUGCUUAUUUAUUUUUUGUCUCAAGGUAACAUUUAAAAUAUAUAUUAAAGGAAAUGAAUCCA